AGAAAGAUGUCUGCUCUCGAGAGGCAAGCUUUGAAGUCCAAGAUUGGUGGUUUACCACCAAUGCCUCCAUCGGGAGUUGGGGGAGGAGUGUCCAAGAGGAACCUGAUGAGGAAGAAGGACUACACAGCAGUUCACUGGGAUAAGUACUUUGAUCAGAAACAUGAUGUCCAAGUAGGAGAAAGUACAUUCCGAUUGUAUGAAUGUGGAACAUCUGGACCAGUUCUACUCUUUUUACAUGGAGGUGGAUUUUCUGCUCUUUCAUGGUCAUUGGUGUCGUCCACACUCUGUCAGUUGGUGACCUGUCGAUGCGCUGCUUUGGAUCUCCGAGGGCAUGGUGAUACAGUUUCCAAUGAUGAUGGUGACCUAUGUGCAGAGACAUUGUCCAGUGAUGUCGGUGAUGUUGUGAAAUCCUUAUAUGGAGAUGAGCCGCCACCUAUAAUUCUGAUUGGUCACAGUAUGGGAGGAGCUAUUGCAGUACACACUGCAGAGAGAAAACUUAUACCAUCAAUAAUUGGUCUGGUUGUGAUUGAUGUUGUUGAGGGCACUGCUAUGGAGUCACUUAACAGUAUGCAGAGUUUUCUGCGUGGAAGACCAUCUACGUUUAAAUCCCUAGAGCAUGCUAUUGAGUGGAGUGUUCGAAGUGGACAGAUAAGGAAUCUGGAAUCUGCCAAGGUGUCCAUGGUUGGGCAAAUAAAACGACUUGAUACUCAGGAAACUGCUACAUCUGAAAUGGAACAAGAUUGUGGGUUAGAGUUAAGUACAUCAGGAUCAAGGGUUGGUGAUGCUAUACAAGAGGAGGAUGAAGAUGGAGAAACCACAUCCCCAGCAGAAUCUCAACAGUCCAGCAGCUCUGAUCAUUUUAGAACACCAAAACCAACAGUGAGUAUAGUGACAGAAAACUCGUCCCAGUACACAUGGCGAAUAGAUUUAGGCAAAACAGAAAAAUACUGGAAAGGAUGGUUUCAAGGCCUGUCUCAAAGGUUUUUAUCCUGUGAAGUUCCUAAGAUGUUGGUUCUUGCUGGUGUAGACAGGCUGGAUAAAGAUUUAACGAUAGGGCAAAUGCAAGGUAAAUUUCAGAUGCAGGUGUUACCUCAGAGUGGCCAUGCUGUCCAUGAGGAUGUUCCAGAUAAGGUAGCAGACAUUUUGGCAACAUUUAUGGUGAGAUAUAAAGUCGCUGAACCUAGAGACAGUUUUCAAAGGUCCUUUCCAGCCUGUUGAUGCUCAUGAAGUCCAUUGUAAGUGGAGCUAUCAAACCUAAGGGUUGUGUUCAAGGUUCGUAGUACCCAUUGUUGGACAGUCCUACAAAGCUUUUGGUGGAUGCAUUGUCAAAUAAACAAACUGACCUGCUGACCACUGUGUCAAAAUACAUCAGAAGCAGAUAGCUGAAUGCCAAUCCCCACAGUUUCAAUACAUAUGUACAUGUACUGGCUAUGGUUAAUUACGAGAUUGAUGAUACACUGUGGUACAGGCAGCAUGAUCCUGUGAUAUGUAAGAGGAGGCAAUGUUCUGUGUCAUUCUACAAUAGUGUAGUGGACAUAUGAAUAAUUAAAAGGGCUGUGGAUGUAAAUUGUAUCUGGGCCAGUACAACAUGUUCUUAAAUUUGUUGUGCUUGUCAGGAGAAUGAUCUUUUCUCUUUUUACAAAAAAACUAAUGCAUAAAAAGUAAAUUUCAUGAGA